AUGAGCGGCGCGGUCACGGAAAGUGCAGAUGAAGUGGUGGGUUGUUAUAAGGCCGAAUGCCCUAGCAGCCCUACGGACGUCAAGAUACUUAGCGACAUCAGCAAGCGCGUCCAAGUGAAGGAGAAUGCCAUUCAAUUCGCACUCGAUAUACUCAAGCGCCAGAGACUCAUGCUCGGGAAACUUGCCUCUACUGACAUCAGCGACAUAGCUGACUGGCCCGAGAGAUCAGAUGCAGUCAAACUCGAAAGAUCCGCCUUGAAACGAGAAUGGCUUGUAGGUCUCACCGGCGACACAGGGGCUGGCAAGAGCACAGCCACCAACGCGAUGCUCGGAUACGACAUCUCCCCCACCAACAGUUCCGACGCUUGCACCGCUGCCCCUUGCAUCUACUCUUACAACCAUUCUGAUGACCCCGAGAAGGUCUUUCACGCUAUCAUCACUUUCAAGAGUACAGAAUCAAUUGCGCAUGACCUUGAGCUGUUACAGGAGGAGCUGUCAGAUAUCGCACACAGCACCCGGGAGCAUGGUGGGCUUGUGCAAGCAGAGACAGUCAGUCGACUGAACCAGGUCCAGAAACAAGUAAAGAGUGUUCAAAACUGGUCGGGUUUGACCGAGAAUGAAAUCAAGUGCGACGCGCCGAGCAAAAUCAUACUCGAAGCAAAAAAGAAGACGGUCCCUUUCCUGGACACCAAGAACAGCACUAAGAAACACAAGUUACAAAUCAACGAUUCGAAUUUAAAACGGUUCCGCAAGACUCUGAAGCCAUACAUUGACAGCUCCGGUCGCAGCCGUGGCAUCGUCCAGCAUUGGCCCUUGGUGCAACAGGUGGAGAUACAACUCAAAUCCGAUGUCCUACGGCACGGGAUCAAGCUCGUUGACCUUCCAGGAGUUGCUGACUCUCUCGAGUCGCGCGCAGCCGUGGCCAAGGACUUUUUCGAGCGACUCGACAAGCUGCUCGUUGUUGUGCACGCUGUUCGAGCUGCUGACAAUAAAGCCGGCUCCGACGCUAUGCUUAUGCCCGCCACUUUGUCCAUGGAUAUGGGGCUAGACGGAAGGUUCGAACCAGACUCUCUUGCUGUCAUUGUCACCAAGGUUGAUGAUAUUAACCCGAAGAACGCCGAAAAUGAUUUUCCUGAUGAUGAAAUCAUCAUGGCAGCAGUCAACACCUUGGAGGCCGAAAAUGAAGAGCUUGCCAACCUCGAGGAACUGAUUUCUAGGCAGCGCGAAAUAAUCGAUGACCAUGACGAGGAAGAGAGCGAUACAGAAGUCAGGAGCCCGCUGAAGAAACGACCCCAUCCCACUACAACCACCCUAGCAGCGGAGGAAUCACGCCUAGCAAGGAUGAGACACAAAAGAGAUGCCAAAAAGAGAGGCGUAGAAAGCCUUACGUCGCAGCUCAAGCGCUCCUGCAUACAUGCUCGCAACCUCAAAGUCAAGCAGGCCGUGGGUCAGAACUUGAGUGACAUAAAAGCUCAGGUCAAUCCUACAGCAGUAUCAGUGGUUGGCGAAUUCGAAACAAGCGUUCUGCCUAUCAGCGCUUCCGCCUUUCUUGACAUCAAAGCCGGCGACUCUGUCAUUGGCUUCUCUGAUGCUAACGACACAGGCAUCCCCGCACUUAGAGACUGGUUGACGCGUGCGUACUUGCCCAAAAGGGACAUGAGCGCUGAUGACGAUAUACUCGAUGCUCGAGCCUUGUUGGACGCUCUUGAUAGCUGGUCGUUGAAUGAAAGUGCGGCGCGCCUGAGGAUUUCGACCGAAGAGGGGAAAGAGAUCAAACGUUUGCUCGACCAAAAGUUGACCCAUUUGAUACAGGUAUACCCCAUGCGUCGACUUCGGCUAGGGUUGUAG